AUGCCAGCGGCAGCGACGAGCCGUCCUGGCGAGGCAUGGCGGCGGGCGGGGCGGGCGGAGGAGCUGGUGGCGGGGCUGGCGGCGGGCGACGCGCAGGUGCGGCUGCGCGCAGUACGCGACGUGAAGAACGCCGCCAUCGGCAGCCGCACGCGCAAGCUCGCUUUCAUCCGCCUGCGAGCCGUGCCCAGGUGCGCCUCUCUUCCCCGCACGCCCCCCUCCUCGCGCAACUUUCCUCCGCGCACCCCCCUCCUCCGCGCGCCGUGCCGCCCUCAUUCCCGCGCCUCCUUCCCCACUACUCCCUCUCCCGAAACCACGGCUGCGCGCUGCACGCGGCCCUUUCUCCGUACGACCGCCCCACCCCGCGCCCUACUGUUUCCGCGCCCUGCUGCUUCCGCAUCUCCUUUCCCACUCCAUCCGAUUCUGCUGGUGGCGAUGCUAGAGGGAGCUGAGGGGGCGGAGGGGGAAGGGGGAACGGAGGGGGCAUGGGGUGCGGAGGAGGUGCAGCAGGCGGCGGCGGCGGUGGGCAGUUUGGCGUGCGGGCUGCCGGAGGGCGUGCAUGCUGUGCUGGCAGCGGGGGCCGGACAUGCCAGGGACGGACACGACAUGGGCAGCACACCACAUGCAAAACACUGUUUCCAUCUGCUGGCGCCUUCACUCUUUCACUUCGCCUCUGUGCCUUAUUCCCCCAGGCCCGUGGUGGAGGCAGCUGCACGGUCACUGCGUCUGAUCUUCCAGUCCACUCCUGCGCUGCCACGUGGCAGCACUGCUGCAGGCGAUUGGCUCUCCCCCGCUCUCAGCCUGCUGCCGUCCCGGCUCGCCUCCCCCAAUGAGACAGUGGCAGAGGUAGCAGCGAGUGUGGCAGCACAAUGUGUGCACUCGCCUCAGCAGCAGGCAGCGCUGGCAGCGGGGGAUGGGCUGCUGUCGCUCACACGCCUGCUCGCCUCGUCACCGCGCUGCACCGAUGCUGCUCUGCUCGCCCUGGCAGCGGCUGUUAAGGGCAACCGGCAGCAGGCCGCUGCUCUUGUAGACAUGGGCGGGGGAGCAGCACUGGCGGCGGUGGUGAGUCUGACGCGUCAUCCAUCGCCUGCCACACGCCUCAACGCCUGCCGCUGCCUGCUGCACGUCGAGGCAGCUCUCUGGCCUCAUGGCGGUGCCAUCACUGCCGUGCCCCGCUCCUUCCUCCAACACCCCGCUCCCGCCCUCGCUGCCCUUCCUGCUCCUGCCACCUCCGCUGUUCCACCUGCCACCACCGCUGCUGCGCCUGCCACUGCUACUGGCGGCCCACCCCCUUCCACAGCAGAUGCAGCUGCGUCUGCGAGUGAGAAGGCUGCACGCACCAGCAGCAGCAGCAGCAGCAGGGGCUGCAUCGCCGGUGGUGGGAAUGGGAGGGCAGGUGGACGGGGCAUCGGAGUGAAGCGGGAUGCAUCGGGGGGAUUGAAGGAGGGCGAUCGGGUCGCGUGGCAGCAGCAGCACCACCACCAAAGACACGAGCAGGCGGCAUGUGGGCGGGAGAGUGAAUCCUGGCAGGCACAGCAGCAGGCGCACGUAGUGUGUGGGGUGCUCUUGCCCGCCCACCUGCUGCACCCCUCUCGCACUGGCCCCCACGUGCCUGCCACCGCGCUCACACCUGCUACGGCUGCCAGUGGCGAGAGGCCGAUGCGCGUGGGGGUGGGUGUGGGCAUGGGAGUGGGCGUGGGGGCGGCGGCAGCAGUGGAUGUGAACGUGGCGGCGGUGGUGCUCGUGGCGCUCAUCAACCUGCUGCCUCUCUCCGACCAGGUGGGCGAGCAGGCGCCGAGGCUACUGCAGCAGCUGCUGGGCGGCAGGGAGGACGUGCAGUGGGCGGCCUUCAAUGCCCACGCGGCCUCCGAGCUAGUGUCUCUGCUCCGCCCCGCCCCCUCCGCUUCUUCUUCGCCCCCCAUCACCUCCUCUUCCUCGCUUCCCAUCCCCUCCUCCUCUGCCUUUCCCAUCCCCUCUUCCUCCCCUCCUCCCAUCCCCACCUUUCCAUCCUUCCCCUCGCCACUCAUUCCCUCCUCCUCCUCGCCCCCCACUGCUGCCGCUGCCACCAGGCCACUCUUCUCCCGCUCCCCACCCGUUGUGCUUCAGCCGCUGCUGCGCUGCCUCGACGCCUCCCAGCCCAUGCCCCUGCGCGCCGCUGCGUGCUCCUGCCUGCACUCACUCUCGCGCUCCAUCAAGAAUCUCCGCACGGGCCUGUCCACAGCGCCCAUCAUCCUCGACGUUCUAAACCUCGCCUGCUCCCCCGAUGCCUCUGCCCAGUUACCAGCGGUGUCAGCGCUGGCCAAUCUGCUGCUGGACUUCCGUGGCGACACGGGUGCCCUCGUGCACGCCGGGCUGCUCUCCCGCAUGGCCCACCUCGCAGCCGCGGGCGCGGGGGGGCGAGAUGGGUGUGUGCGCGAGGGAGGCGUGGAAGGGGGUGUGGAAAGGAGUGCAAAGGGGAGAUUGGAGGGAAGUGUGGUGGGGUGUGUGGGGGGGAGUGUGGGGGGGGAGGAGGGGGGGAGAGGGCGGGUAGCAGUGCAGGUGGUGGAGCGCAGUGUGAUGGUGCUGCGCAACGUGGCUCACUCCGCCACCACCGCCGUGAAGCAACAGCUUCUCGCUCUCAUGCUGCCCGCUACCCUGCCCGCCCUGCUGCUAGGUGCCAACCUCGCUGCCACCUGUCGUCUCCCCAUCGUUGCCCUAGCUCCACUGCUCUGCAUCCCUUCCCACCUUCUCCCGUCAGACCCCUCGCCAGGAGUGCAGGUGCAGGCAGCAGCGCUGCUGCGCAACGUGGCACACGGCGCGGAGGAGGACGCCCACCUGCUGCUGCUCCCCGCUGCCCUCCACGACGCCCUCCUGCGCCUCCUCGCCGCCAAACUGCUGCCCGCCCGCCCCGUGCUUCUCAGACCGGCCGCAGGGGGAGACGCGGGAAGAGGAGGAGUGAGAGGGGGUGCAGAGGAGGAGGGUGCGGGGGAUGCGGAGGCAGAGUUGGCAGCGGUGCGGCGAGCGCAGUAUGCCGUGCGAGUGGAGGCCAUGCUGACUCUGAGCAACGUGGCAGCAGGGGGCGCACAGGCCAAGGACAGCGUGCUGGCGCUGCUGCUGCUGCCCGCUGCCAAGGUCAGGGAGCUUGAAGCGUGCUGGCAGGCAGGCAGAGGGGGUGAAGCAGCCACGUGUGAUACACCAGGCCCAGGGAAUGGGGAAGCAGGUGGAGCAAAGGCGGUCGCAUGCAGUGCGGCAGGCUCAAGUGCAAUUGCUUCUGCUGCUGCUGCCGGACGAGAGGGAAAAGCAGAAGCGCUGGCAGCCACCCUUCCGCUGCAUUCCCUCCACCACCACCCGCCAUCCAGCCCUUCCCAGCCCAACGCUACCCCCUCCCUACCCUCUGCACGCCUCUCGCCCCCUCCUCCCCCUCUCAUCCUGCACCUGCUACGCCUGCAAGGCUGCACAUCCCUGCGCCUGGCCUCUCUCUGGUGCCUCACCAACCUCUGCCGCCCCGCCUGCCCGGGGGCUGACAGGCGAGCUGCUGCGGUGAGGGCAGCAGAAGGCGUGGUGGCGCAGCUAGAGAGGCUGGCAGCGCAAGGGAGCUUCGACAUCGCUGUCUCGCUGCUCUCGCCCUCUGCUGUGAGGGCGGUAAAGGGUGUGGGGGCACAGCUGGAGAGGCUGGCUGGCAGCACAAGGGAGCUUUGA